GUUGAAAAGUUCGUAAAGCAUGAACUAGAAGAAAAACGUCAUGGAAAGUGAGAAUCAUCCGUUGAGCCAACUGCAUGUUGAGUUUUUCUUUGCAUUCCAGUCCUUUUUGACGGUGAAUUUGGUAGCAUGACUUCUCAAAGCAGAAGAUACUGUCCAGUCGAAGCGACAUUGUGUACAGAGCGUAUAAUGCGCAGAGUUAGGGACAAUUAAAUACUGACAUCAUGACUAAUAAGCAAUAAUCGAAGUCCGGGAUCUUUUCAUGGGGUAUUUGCCAUGCCGAGAUAGCUAAGGACGGCUUUUUCUGACGCGGCUGUUGGUGUGUUAGUGGAAUUCCAUCGCUUCUCGCCGAGGUCCCUGACAUUAUGUCAUCAAUCUGCCUUAUGUAAUACACCGAAACCUCGGGAAGUGGUCAGUCUCGAAGCGCUACCUCGGCUUAACCCCACACAAUUGGAUGCGCCGUCGCAAGUACCGCUGCAGCUUCCGUCAAUGUUUACCCCAGACCCCUCCCAUGAUGGACUUCGCCUCGGCAUCUUUUUCUCCUAUUUAAAAGCCAACGGCGCUGUCGCCUCAACUACAUUAUCCAACCUGACACACAAGUUUUGUCGAUUCACAGCACAGAAUAUACGCAAUGGCCGCUGAACGUAUUGGUUCCAUCAUCAAGCACCUGGCCCCUGGGUCGGCGCUCAACAGCAUUCAAGCGAAGAACCCCGAUGACAUUGUCAUCACCCUCGCUGCCCGAACCCCUCUCACAAAGGCCAAGAAGGGUGGUUUCAAGGAUACUUCUCUCGAAUACAUGGUAUAUGCUCUGCUCAAGGAGGUUCGGGAACGAUCAAACCUCGACCCUGCCCUUGUUGAGGACAUCUGCCUUGGAAACGUCUCCGAUGCCAAGGCUGCCUACAAGGUUCGCGCCUCUGCUCUCGCUGCUGGCUUCCCCAACACCGCCGGUGCUUCUUCCGUCAACCGAUUCUGCUCUUCUGGUCUGAAGGCCACCGCCGAUAUCGCUCACUCCAUUCUUAAUGGCUCCAUCGAGAUCGGUAUCGCUAUGGGUGCUGAACAAAUGACCAUUGGAGGCGAUGCGCUCGAGAAGCCUUUCGACGAGGCUGUUACAUCACAAAGCCAGGAGUCCGUGGAUUGCAUGCAGCCCAUGGGUUGGACCAGCGAGAAUGUCAGCAAGGACUUUGGCGUCACCCGCGAUGUGAUGGACAAGUACGCGGCUGAGAGUUUCCAAAAGGCUGAGGCGGCGCAAAAGGCUGGUUUGUUCGCCGAUGAGAUCGUGCCCAUCACCACCAAGGUCAAGGGCCCCGAUGGUCAGGAGAAGGAGGUUACUCUUACCCAGGACGAGGGUAUCCGACCAGGCACUACCGCUGAGAGCCUCGGCAAGAUUCGAUCUGCUUUCCCUCAAUGGGGUGGAGCUACAACUGGUGGCAACGCCAGCCAGCUUACUGACGGAGCUGCCGCCGUGUUGUUGAUGAAGCGAUCUACAGCCCUCAAGCUGGGCCAGCCUAUCAUGGCCAAGUACGUUGGUUCUACCGUCGCUGGCCUUGCCCCUCGCAUCAUGGGCAUUGGUCCCAGCAUUGCCAUCCCGAAGCUUCUCGCUCAGCACAACAUCUCGCUUGACGAUAUCGACGUCGUUGAGAUCAACGAGGCCUUUGCUUCUAUGGCCGUUUACUGUCAAGACAAGCUUGGUCUGACAUCAGACAAGCUCAACCCUCGUGGUGGAGCUAUCGCUCUUGGUCACCCACUGGGCGCUACAGGUGCUCGACAGAUUGUUACAGGCCUUUCUGAGUGCAGGCGGCGAAAGAAGAAGAUGCUGUUGACCAGCAUGUGCAUUGGUACAGGCCAGGGCAUGGCCGGUCUGUUUGUCAACGAGCAGGUCUAAGACAGACAGUACACAGUGCAUGUCUGAGAUAUUCUAAUUAUGUAACACCACCAGAUCUCGAUAUAAGCGAGUCAGUUGGGGAUGUAUUUAUGAUUUCGAGCGAUAUUAGCAAAUUGGAAAGCAUAAAAUCUUGUCUUUAAUUAGAUUUCGCUGUUAAGUUAACUAGUAAAACGAUUCCGGAACGGGUUGUUGUCUCAUCAAAGUGUAUCAGCCAAGGGAAUUGAUAGCGUAAUAUCAUGAACUUUGGUGGUAAUCUUGUACCCUGUGGUUUUGCAGCUCGUGACCGUUUUUGUUGUAAAUCUUAGUAAUGAAAACCCAGAAGUAAGCUUAAACUCCGAGCAUCUAUGUA